AUCCAGGGAUGUCCGCAGCAAGAGGAGUCUUUCUGUUCACAUGCCCGUCCUCCAGCGGCUCCCUGACUUCUGGGGAUGGUACAGAUUCUUCAUGGAUACUGGUAACCAGGAAGGAGUUGAGGAUCUGGACAAGAUGUACAUGAUCUACCUGCAGAACAAGCACCGCUCCGAGGAGCGUCCCACCUUCAACCACUACCUCACCCACCUCAGUGCUAUCUACAAGACCUGCGCCGAAUCCGACGACCCAGAGUGCAUCGCCGAGUCCACCAGCAAGCCCAAGGCCAAGGUGUUGAUGCCCUCGCCCAUCAAGACCGCCACAGUCGGAAUGUGCAACCCUUAUAUCGACCCCUACUGCCUCUUCCCCAUGGCCCCUAAGAUGGCUGCCCCAAAGCCUCCUCUGACUCCAGCCCCGGCUCCGGUCAAAGCUGCCCCAGUGCCUGUCCUGACCCCCUUCCUGCCGUACCCUCUGAAGACCUCUACAGGGUUCUACUACGCCCCAGUCCUGGAACCCUUCCUCACCGCUGAGCAGGAGACUGAGCUGCUGCGUAUCUGUAACCCUGAUGACACCGAGUGUCUGCAGUACCACCUGCGCGCCGCCUACGGCUACAGGCCCGCUACUGGACCCGCUCCGUCCUAUGCUGCCCUGGGCUGCGAUCCCACCAAGGACCCCUACUGCCAGCCCCAGCUGGUGAAGAAGGCUCCCUCCGGCUUCUUCCACCUGUACCCCACCUGCGACCCGGCCACCGACCCCCUGUGCAUGGCUAGCAUAGUGACCCCUCCUCCCGCUCCCCUGGAGACCCCCAAGGAACAGCACUGCAACCCCCUCUUUGACAAGGGCUGCAACCCCCUCACCGCCACCAAGCUGGCGGGCCUCACCAAGCCCGUCCUGGAGUACACGCCCAAAGACGUGCCUGCCCCCGCCUCUUUGGCGUGUGACCCGCGCUACGACCCAUACUGCCUGCUUGGUGCCGCCGCCGCCCCUCUAGCAUGUGACCCGCGCUACGACCCAUACUGCCUGCUUGGUGCUGCCGCCGCCCUCCAUAAGGCCCCCCCAGCGCUGCCCCAGUUCCAGAUCCGCUCCCACCUGGGCGUCCCCGGGAAGACCAAGGAGGGCCAUGACUGUUACAUGCACUACGACAAGGACUGCACUCCUGUGGAGGCCAGCGACGAACCCAAGACCCCCGCCGUACCCCAGUGCCACCCCUACGACUUCACCUGCAACGGCAUGUCCGCCCCUGCUACCCUCACCGCCGAGGCCAACAAGCCCAAGAGCGGCGUGAUCUUGCCCGAUCCCGACUGCGACCCCGAAUACGACUACAACUGCCGCCUUCGUCGCGCCGAGGACUCCCCCGCUGCGAUGGAAUCAGCGGCCAAGGAGCCCAAGGAGAAGCCGGUGCAGCAGAAGGCCGGGCCCGGGUACGCUGUCCCACAGUUCGAAGACUUCCUGAGGAGUUACAUGGCCAUGGGCCAGUACAGGAAGAAGUACAUUUAAAAAAACACACGUCACACAAAUGUCAACUAGACGCUAGAUCGCUAGAAUUGGAAGAAAGUGAGACAAGUUAAUGUUUUACACACACACACACACACUCUCAUGGUCCUCCCAAGGUGCUAAAAUAUCUCCCAUGGUCCAAUACUGCUAAAGCAGGACGGCUAGUGUCUUAUCAACAGGAAGUUCCAGACCUGCAAUAGUUAAUCAGAUUUGCUCAAUUACAGUGCCUGAAGGUAUAUAAUUUUACUGGCUGUGAUAUCCUGACUGUGGGAAACCCAACAUGAGUCCCUCUAGGUUUUAUGGUCCCGUGAAAGUUGCGCAUUUAAUACUACGUUUGUCUGUAGGAAAAAAUGUCUGUAUUGUGUUUGUAGAAUAGGGGUAGCUAAUAUACUUGAAGACGGUCUAAUCUAAGUUUGUGUCAGUAUGUUGGUAUGUUUUCUGUGGUUGUACAUUGUCCAUUUCCAGUGUUUUGUGAACAUAGUCUCUCCUGAGUGUAUUUAAUGUUGUUUUCAUAGCUUUUCUAAAACCUGUCAACCUC